UUCGCCCUUCGUGUAUUUCCGCUCUGCGUCGCCAUCUGCUUUCUCGUCCUUCUCCAAUCUCCGUGUUGUUGUUCCCGGUGACGCGGCGGAGGUGUAGCCUGACGCGGGCUCUUACGUGUCGGCCAGAAUAAAAGUGGAGCUCCGGAGGCCCGGGAGUGACGAGGGGAGUCUGUAUCGCUUAGUCGAUGAAGAUGGAGUCAGCAGAGGCUCAGCAGGAGAUUGCUGUGAUUGAGACUGAAAACCAGCACAUCACCUCGGCACAGAUCGCAACUCUGGCACAGGUAACCAUGGCAACAGGCCACGCCUCCGUAACAGGUCCCACGGUAACGCUGGUCCAGCUUCCCAACGGACAGACUGUCCAGGUCCACGGUGUCAUCCAGGCUGCCCAACCCUCUGUCAUCCAGUCCCCACAGAUCCAAACUGUACAGAUCUCCACUCUAGCAGAAAGUGAGGAUUCACAGGAGUCAGUAGACAGUGUGACCGACUCUCAGAAACGCAGGGAGAUUCUGUCACGACGCCCCUCCUACAGGAAAAUUCUGAAUGACCUUUCAUCCGACGCGCCGGCUGUCCCUCGUAUCGAGGAGGAAAAGGCUGAGGAGGACGCAUGCACUAUGGCUGCCACCCAUGCCAUUACAACUGUUUCUGUCCCCACACCCAUCUACCAGACCAGCAGCGGCCAAUACAUUGCCAUCACACAGGGCGGGGCCAUCCAGCUGGCUAAUAACGGUACAGAUGGAGUCCAGGGCAUUCAAACUCUGACUAUGACCAACGCAGCAGGGGGUGCCCAAGGUGGGGCCACCAUCCUCCAGUAUGCACAGACCAGUGACGGCCAGCAGAUACUGGUUCCCAGUAACCAGGUGAUGGUCCAAGCUGCGUCUGGUGACGUCCAGGCAUAUCAGAUCCGGGCUGCCCCCGCCAGCACCAUCGCCCCUGGGGUGGUCAUGGCCUCUUCACCCGCCCUGCCCACCGGGGGCCCUGUGGAGGUCACUCGCAAACGGGAGGUCCGCCUCAUGAAAAACAGAGAAGCAGCCCGUGAAUGUCGCAGGAAGAAGAAGGAGUAUGUAAAAUGUCUGGAGAACCGAGUGGCCGUCCUGGAGAACCAAAACAAGACGCUAAUUGAAGAACUCAAAGCCCUUAAAGACCUUUACUGCCAUAAAUCUGAGUAGGUCGUCAUCCCGAAAACACCAAACUGGGCCAAGUAGCAUUUCAGUUCCUUUCAAAUACUUUGACUGUUGGAUUCUGCCUGUCUGGCCUUCCAGUUUACACACGGCUGGCUCUUACUGACCAAGUUGCCCUAAUUCAGUUCUGCUUGUAUUAUUAUUUCUUCAGUAGUCUGUCUGCAUUAUAUAUUUAAUAUAGACAACAUUUUGUGGCAAAAACCAACUGACAAUGAACUGUAAUCCAGGUUGAACGAUAAAAUAGUCCAAAGUGCGAAAUUUGAACCACAUUUGAAGACAAUCUCUCAGGCUGAUCUUAAGAUAUCAUGUUAAAGAAAAACAUACUAUGUGUGGCCACUCUUACUUUGACCUUUGGCUACCAAAAUCAAGUGAACUAAUCCUUGAGUCCAAGUGAAUGUUUUUGAAAAAAUGUCAGAGGAUCCUUGAUGGCAUUCAAGAGAUAUCACCUUCACAAGGCAUAUAAAUGUGCUUUGUGAGGUCACUGUGACCUUGACCUGUGACCUUUGACCACCAAAAACGAAUUAGCUCAUCCCGGAGUAUAAGUGAAUAUUUGCAGAAAAGUAAAUUCGGCCAAUUUUCAUCAGCCAACCAAUGAAUCAGUCCUCUAAUCCUUGGGCAAUAAACCUGCCUCUUCACCAAUACAGUCAAGUUCCACCUUUUGUUAAUCCCUGGCAUCUGUGUUCUGUAAAUUGUGCAGAUGUUGCACUGCAUAGUUCUGCAUUUUUAUUCAUGUCAGGUAACCGGUAGUAAAGUGAUGUUUUAGGCUUUCUUAAAAACCAGCAUUUUCUUUGGGUCCUUAGCGAUACCCAAGCCACGUUCGAAGCCUAUUGGGUGACCAGUUGUUGAAAGACGUUUCUCCAUUGAUAGUUAGAUUAUAGUUUAAUUGUUGAAAGGAUAUUAAAACCUGAGAUUUCAUUGGCCUCAUGUGACCAGUAGAGUAUUUGUGUCUUAUAUUGUAUGUAAGCAAUAACGGCCAAUACCUGCUUGAAGCAUCACCGUCGCUGCUAUGGUUACCUGCAGUUUGAUUUUACUCACACUAAGCUGUAGACAUGUUUUUUAGAUGUUGUGAUUUAUGAUUUUACAGAAACCUGCCAAAUAUUCAUAAUUAUCAGUGCUGAGUUCAGUUUUAAAUAGACUUCCAGCCACAACUACAAUCACAAGACGCAGCUUAUAAAAAAGUUAUAAACGUUUAUUUGACUUUGAUAUAAGGACUGUUUGAUACAUUUAAAUUGUGAUUGUUGUGCUACAUGUCAGUGUGUUUAAAAAACUAGUUUAAGUCUCAGUUAGUAUAACAGCUAUAACUUGUAUACCUGUCCGCCCAGACAAGCUCAGUCAGUGGCAGUUAAAGGUUUUUAAUUAAUUGUCUCUACUUGAUCCAUGUCCUGAUCUGAACCAUCCUCUCAAAAAUGUGGCUGCGUGUAUCUUGGACUCUCCAGCUUAUUUGGCACAAACAAGUAAUUUUUUUCAUUGAAACUUUUGAAGAUGCUAACAACUGCCGAUGGUGAGAAAAGUGACUCACAGCAGGCAGUGGUGUGUGUUAGAAAAAAGGAUGUUUUGAAAUGUGACAUAUAUCACAUUUUGGGUUAGGGUUAGGGUGGUCCACAACAGAUGGUUGACAGAGCUGAUAUUAAAAUGAGAUUAUUAGCACGCUGAAGCACAGUUUUAAAAGAAAAAAGAUUAUUGUUUUUACUACCCGGGAUCGUGUUUCGAUUGAUCACCAACUUUCCUGUCAGUUAUGUCAGUUUAAUCAUCCAGAAGGCCAGCAGCACAAGGAAUCAUUUUAUCCAAACAAAAUUAUUUAGGAGUGAGAGUAAAUUAGAAUGCUGGUAAUUUCAAACAUUUGUUGUUCCAGAAAAGCUUUGCAGAACUACUUCCGGGUUUACAUUGAUUGGCUGUACUAACUGCGUUUCUGCGCACAAGAAUUUUCAUAUAAUAUGUGUUUUUAUUUAAUUUUAGUUAACAUUCUUGUGAGUUUGGUUUAAAUAACUGGGGGUUUGUUCCUUACUCACUCUCUGUGUCCCCACACAUCAGCAGUUAACUUUUGAGUAAAGUUUUUUCUCUUUACAAAGGAGCCUGAUGUCUGUAAUAUUUGUUUGUAAAAGAUCCAGGUUGUUAAAAAAUGCACACAUCUUAGUAGUAAUGUAAUUCCAACACUCGGGAAGUAGUUCUAAGAAAAUGUGUCAAACAUCAUGUUGUUGUGUUGCAGUAAAUUGUCGGCGUGUUGUCAAAAAAGGACCACCCCCAUCAAAGUUAUAAAUUGUUUGUAUUGUCUGUUAAACGGUGGUAAAAUAUGGAUGCAACAAGGAGCCAUAUUUUGAUUGAGGUGGACUUCUUUAUGAAAUAUAGGCUACAGGAGUUUAACACUUAUAAUCAAUCCGUUGAAAAGAGAUGGCUUUAGUGGGACUGUGUGUGGUUUUUGAGGAGAUGUGUGUACGUAUUUGUUUGUUUGUUUAUUUUUAUAUUAAUGUAUAUAGUCUCUACAGCAUGUGUAGACCUCAUGUAUUUCUGUUUAUUUGAUAUGGAAAAAAAUGUUCUUAUGGCUUGUAUGAAACAACUUUGAAUAUUUGUAACAUAUGUCACUGUAUAAUAGAGGACAAUGUAUGUGUUUGUAUAUCCACCAGGCCUACCACCAUCAUGGCAGCUAAGUGUUUGAAAAAAAAGGCCUUUGUUGGACUUGUUGAAUAUUUUGGAGUGUUGUACUGUUUCGGAUCAACAGUGUUUUGUUUGUGGAGUUUGUUGAGAGCACUUGGAGUCCACAACUUUUAUCAUCUAAAAUAUGGACAAUUUUCUUUGUUUGAAACCUGCACAGAGGAGCCCCAGUGGCUUCAAGCUCAGCCACGCAUUUGUUUUUAACUGAAAAUGUAUUUCUAUGACCUGAGCAGAAACGGCUCCACAAGUUUCCUUUUUUUUUUUUAUAUCUGCUCAUUCAUCAUAUGAAAGCACAUGUUUUCUUUCCACUGGAUCCAUUCAUAUUUUUAUUUUUUACUGUGCAUUAAUUUUACUACUUACAUGAGAUUCUGACAGUGGUUCCAGUGGUAAGAUGGAUGUCAGUUAACCACUUCUUCACUCAGAUAGUUUUUGAUUAGAAACUAACCUGAAUCAAAGACAAACAAAGAUGUCUGAUGUUUUGAGGUGACAGAUGCCAUUUUGUUACGGAAAAUCUCAAAGUUUUCCUUUUUCCUCAUACACUCAUAGAGUCUUGGUUAUACUUUUAACUUCUAUUCCUGAGUGACAUUAAAGUUGAUUCUUGACAUCGAUAACAAGUGGUUUGACCAAAUAAAUGUAACUCAAGGUUUAUUUUAUUGCUUUUUCUAGAGCUUUCAAGUGCAUCUCAGCAAUUGCAGUUCACUCACUUGUCAAUGCAUGAUAAUAAACGGGUGUGGCUUCAUAUGUUUGUGAGUAAUAAGCCCUGCCUCUAUUCAAAGACGAUCAUCUGAAAGCUCCAGACGUUAGUAAAUGGACCUUGAGAUAAUAAUAAUUAUUUUUGUUUCAAAACCUGAAUUGUCAGCUAAAGGAAAUUUAAGGGCACUACUAGUGGCUCUAACAAUCAUUGUCUUUUUUUGUAAUGUUUUUUUAUUUCUUUUGUCCUUUUUGUUAUUCAGAAAUCAUCAGUUCAUGGUAGCUCUUUUGGUUUUAUUUAUCAAUCAUUUGAAUCAUUUUGAUAUUGUACAGUAUGUACUUUAUGUAGGAUUAUGAGGAUUAAAGGGUUGGCUAAAGAAAUCGCACAGCAUUUAAUACUAGCUGUAAUUGAUGAUCUAUUGACCCACAACACAUUAGCAUGUACUGUGGCUGUACGUGUCAUCCUUCGUCUAUGUAGACUCAACAAUAUGCAGAAGUAAUCUUUUUUUAAUGCAUUUCACUGCAUGAAAUUAAGUCUGACAAACAACACCCUGGACCUCACCGAUUCUACAACUUAUUUAAGUGGAGAGGAAGCAGCAAAUUUGAAACAUGUGCCAUUCCAAUACCUUAUUUAUUGAGAUGAACCCUUUUUUAAAGAAACAAAAACAUAAUUUUCCACAUUUAAUUCACACAUCAAGUGCUGGUGCUGAAACAAAUUCUACUAGUAAUUUUUUCUGUUGAUUUGAUAUAGUGAGCUCAACUUUGUGAUGUGAUGACACAAUAUCUUCAAUCAAAAACAAACAAUGUAUUCAUUUCUGUGCCAGAAUAGUUUAUACCCACGGGUCUAAGAUCUAUGUGCAUGAAAAAAAAAAUGAAAUCAUUGUGUGUAAAGUAUAUAUAUAUAUUAUAUAUAUAAAGAGAGAGAAUUUCUAGAACGCUGAUAACAUUUUUCUAACUUUUAAUGUGACCUGUUUAUAUAAUGCCCCUUUUACAAGUUAAAAUUUAAAUUCCAUGUAUUGUAUAUUAUCGUGUAGAAGCAAGACAACUCGAUGAUGCAUUACAUCCUGUUUGUUUCAACAUUGUUACACGAUCAAACUGAACCAGACCGUUAAUUGAAAGUGCUGUUUCUCUGACAUUACAUCACUCUUUUGUAAACACUUACUAUGUCGCAAUAAACUGCUCUUGAAGAUA